ACAACGGCCGCAUUCAGAACACACGAGAAGCUCCGUUACAUGAAUGUCACUUGUUCCAUGGACAAGGCACACACUGAUAGCAGUGGAGAAGUCUUCGCAAAUCUUCACAUGCGCCUGCCGCUAGAUGAGCUGAAAUCAUACGAUGUGAAGUACGAGGGAACGGCUUUGACAGAAACGAUAAGUUCUCUGGUGGUGGCUUACAAACCGAAAAAGCAGUUUCGAAUCGGGGCGAAUGCAAGGGCUUUCGUAUUCAAGAUUGGUGCAGCGAACAACAACGGCAUUUGCAAGUGGCUGACAGUAUUCCUGGCCUUCAUACUAGUAAACAAUUUGUUGUCGCUGGUAUUCUGA